AUGCAAUAUAUAGCUUCAACAAUGCCAGGUAGCGAAUACUCCACUUCCGCUCUUAUAGCAAAACCGGAGCCUAGUUCGCAAACUUCACCCAGCUCUCCAGCCCAAGCUAGGAACGCAACCAAGCACACUGAAGCGCAUGAAACUGUGGAUAAUUUAUCGAUGGGAACAAGAAAGGAAUCACAACCCCCGAUUCCCACAGACAUUGCAAAAGGAAGUUCAGCGCUGCAUAGUACAGAAAAGCCGGCCCCCACUCUAACCGCAAAACCGGAGUCCAGUUUGCAAACACUACCCAGCUUUCAAUCCCAUGCUAGCACCGCAACGAAGAACAAUAAAACACAUGAAACUGUGAAUAUUUCAACAGUGACAACAUUACAGGAGUCACUACCCCCGACAGACAUACCGCAUGAAAGUUCAGCACUGCCUAGUACAGAAAAUGCGACUUCCACUUUAACCGUGACACCAAUGUCUAGUUCGAAAACAUCGGCCGACUUGGAAGUUUAUUCAACCAGCCAAACCAAUUCCACUUACACAGAUGAAUCUGAGAAAAACUCAACGUGGUCAACACCAGAGGAACAACAAUCCUCGAGUUCCAUAGACAUGCAAAUUGAAAUUUUAACGAUGUCUUGUACAAAAAUCUCGACAUCGGCCCCAACAGCAAAACCAAGCACCAGUUUGGAAACUACACCCAGCUCUCAACCCCAUGCUAGCAUAGCAACCAAGAACACUGAAACAGAUGAAACUGUGGAUAAUUUAACGGAGACAACAAUACAGGAAACACAAUCCCCGAUCUCCACAGACAUUCCAAAUGGAAGUUCAUCUUUACAUAGUACAGAAACUGCGGCCUCCGCUCUAACUGUGACACCGAUCUCUAGUUCGCAAACAUCAACUAGCAUUGAAGUCUAUUCAACCAGCGCAUCCUAUACCACGAAUACAGAUGAAUCUGAGAAUCAUUCAACGUGA